AUGGGUUCAAUGGCGCAUUUGAUGUUCGACGAGUUCGGGCAACCGUUCAUCGUUAUGCGUGACCAGGAGAAACAGAAACGGCUCACGGGAAUUGAAGCUGUCAAGAGUCACAUUCUUGCUGCUCGUUCUGUUGCGAACACCCUUCGCACCUCCCUGGGUCCACGAGGUCUUGAUAAAAUGCUGGUUUCACCUGACGGUGAGGUCACAAUUACUAAUGAUGGUGCAACUAUCAUGGAGAAAAUGGACGUGCAACACCAUGUAGCCAAGCUUAUGGUUGAAUUGAGCAAAUCGCAAGAUGAUGAGAUCGGAGAUGGAACUACUGGAGUUGUU